AUGUAUAAAAGAACUAGAUUUGAUAAUAUACUUAUAUGUCGUUACUUAUCGACAUGCGCAAGUAACUUGUAUGCAGUUGGUACGAAUGGAGAAUUUUAUAAAGAUUCUCCACCUACACAUGCAUACGAUAACUGGAUUGGUCGUGCAACGACAACUGGCAAUUCAGUUGCUACAAAUGGAACAUUUUGGAAAGGUUCUCCACCUACAGAUGAAAACGAUAACUGGUUUGGUCGUGCAACGAAAAUUGGCACUGGAGGUUGGGCCAAAUUCAAAUUUCUGUUUUUCGGUCCCGAUUUAAACCUGUACGCCGUAAGACCAACAGGAAAUCAGUUUCUAACGUCGUACGAACCAAGAAAUGCGCUCGACAACUGGGAAGGUCGCGCCACGAGCAUCGGCAUAGGAGGUUGGCACGACUUCAAAUUCCUAUUCUUUGGUCCUGAAGGCUAUCUUUACGCUGUAUCAAAUGAUGGUUCAUUUCGAAAAGCCUUACAUCCAACAUACCCUAUGGAUAACUGGACUGCUCGCUCAACUAAAGUCGAUUUUGCAAAGCCAAAUAUUUCUAAAUUCCCGGAAUCCGUGAUCACUUUUGAUCCCAGGUACAGUUAUGAAGUUGAGAAGCUUUACAAAGUAGAGGGGUUUACAAAGCCUACGAUUACGUGGUGGAAGAUUGUUGGCAGUCAAGAAGAGCUGUUGUAUAACUCGAGAACCGAUAGAACAACUUAUCAUUACCUAUAUUUUGAACGAGAUUAUAUAUAUUUCUAUGACUUAUCAUUUCCAAAAGAUAAUGCAACUUUCAAAUGCGUUGCUACGAACAGGAUGGGAAAUGUUUCUAAAUCAUUUGCUUUGAAUAUUUUGGUAUUGAUGGCACCAAACGUUUCCCUCAACAACAUUGUACAAAGGCAGGAUUCUUCUUUUGAAAUCGAUUGUCAUGCAUCCGGUUAUCCUCCUCCUGAAAUCGAAUGGAAAAAAGACGGCGAAGUAAUAAAAUUUAAGAAAAGCAAUGAUAAAUCUAAAACAGAUCAAUGUGAGGGUAUGAUCGGUGGGAUUGAUAUGAAAUCCAAAGCAGAUGUUCUGGUGAUUUGUAAAGCUGAUUACAUAGAGCAUUUUGGCGAGUUUUCAUGUACAGCUCGCAAUUCUCUUGGCAAUAAGACAGCAAAAGCCAAAGUGGAAAUACUUGCUCCUCCAGUUAUUAAGCCAUUUUCAGAGAUUAAACCAAAAAUCAGCCAAGAGUUUACUCUCUUCUGUGAUGCUGAUGGCAAUCCUAAACCUACAGUAUGGUGGACGAAAUUUGAUAAUACUACAUCGAACUUCAGUCCUGUUGAAAAUAGAAGCAACGUGUUGUAUUUUGCGUCUUUCGAAGAAGGCAACAGUGGAACUUAUCGUUGUUACGCGCAGAAUGAUCUAAAUAUCACCUCGGAAGACCAUGAAUUGGUUUCAGGUCUUGUCACGCCAAAUAUCGAAACCAUCAAAGCACCACUAAAGGCAGAUUCUAACAAAACUCCCAUGGUUUUUGGUGGUAUUAGUUUCUUCAUUAUUCUCACCCUUGUUGUCGUUGUUGCCGUUAUUCUUUAUAAACGAAAGAAAGCUUAUGGAGGAUUUUACAUUCUAACCAUGCCUCCACUUACUGACUACAUCAAAAAGUUAGAUCCACACACACCGAUCACGAAGCAAACCAACAAGUUACCUUAUGAUGCGGAAUGGGAGUUUCCAAGAAACAGACUAAAUUUCGCUCGAGAACUUGGCUCCGGUGCAUUUGGCAAAGUAUUUUUGGCGGAUGCAAUGGGAAUUAUUGCGUUUGAUCCUCGUGGUAGCACUAAAAGAAAAUCAACUAGACGUCGUUUUGGUGGAUCCGUUCGACGAAAUCAUUUCGUAUACAACAACAAAAUGGCAAAAGUUGCCGUAAAAACUCUUAAAGAGGACAGUGGCGAAACGGAAUAAAAAGAUCUGUUAUCGGAGUUAAAAAUUCUCAUCCAUGUUGGCGAACACAAGAAUAUCGUAAACGUAUUGGGUGCAUGUACUAAAGGUCGAGAAAGUGAGCUCUGGGUGAUCAUAGAGUAUUGUUCAAAUGGAAAUCUGCUUCAAUUUUUGAGAAAUCGCCGUGAAAUCUAUGAAACGGAAUGGAAAGGUGUUUCUAAAGAUCCAAAUAAUCAACUAACGAUGACGGACCUUGUUAUUGCUGCUUAUCAAGUUGCAAGAGGAAUGGAGUUUCUUGCUUCGAGACUAUGUAUUCACAGGGAUUUAGCAACCAGGAAUAUUUUAGUUACUGAUAACUACGUCAUCAAAAUCGCCGAUUUUGGUCUUGCCCGUGAUGUGGGCGAAGACAGUCAAUAUAUUAAGACUUCCACCGGAUUACUACCAGUGAAAUGGAUGGCUAUUGAGGCAAUUAUUCAAAGACUCUUCACCGAAAAGAGUGAUGUUUGGUCAUUUGGUAUUGUAUUGUGGGAAUUGUUUACAUUAGGUGGCACACCUUAUCCUGAUGUUCCUCCAACUGAGGUUGCAGAUUUACUUGCACGCGGGCAUAGAAUGGAACCGCCUCAUGCAUGUCCUGAAGAAAUAUCGACACUUAUGAUGAAAUGUUGGCAUGCGGAUAAAGAUUGUAGGCCUACAUUUUCAGAACUUGUUAAAAUCCUCGACAAAAUUAUCGAACUUCAUACUUCAUCUGAGGGAGGUCAAGGGUACCUCGAGGUACAAGGUGAACUAAUGAACGACUAUUUAUCGCCAUCCGAGGUGAAGACUCCAGUAAUGGAUCCAUUUCAAUGCAAUUCUCCCUUACCACCAGUUCCAUCGCCGGCUGAUAACGAAAGUUUUGCGCUUUUACCAAGAGAUCAAAAUGCGAGGAGGGAUAAAUUCCGUUUUGAUAAAGGAUUCGGUAAUAAAGAAAGAAAGAAUAGCGAAAUUGAGAAAAUGCAUAAUGAUCGUAAAUCGGAAAUGCCGAAGCAUUCAGAUGUAAAUUUUUUCCCUGAAAAUUCACCCAAUAAUCAUAAUAAUGGGAAAUUAAUUAUGAAAGAGAAGACAAUAGAUGAACACUUUACAGAAAAAGACCGCGACUCGUCGGAGGAGAAAGAACAUCAUUCGUAUUAUGCUAAUUUGCACAAGUCAUGUGUGUAAACUGGGGAAUGCAAGUUUGAAAAACAGUUCGUUAUUGCAAAGAAAGAGAUAAGCUACCAACAGAACUUUGCCAUCGUGUUUAUGUAAUAUUAUUUUUAAUGUGUUGUGUUUUCGAGCGCCAAAAAUAGGAAGUAUCAACUCAAAAUAUGCUAAGCAUUUAAUUUCUAAAUAUAUUCUUGGAAUUGCAACCAAUCUCUACAGUUCUACCUAUCUCCUAUGUUGAUAUAAUAUUCUCUUGUGUUUGACCACCAACAUGGCGGUCAAAUGUGUUCAUAUAUUAUUCAUGUGUCAUGUGUUCAUAUAUUAUCAGCAAUAUGUUUUUCGCAAAAUGA